GGAUUUGUAGUGUUUUGUAUCGGUCCCACGUAGGGGAGGCUAGCUGAGAUGUCGGUCGCCGCCGCCGCCGGUGUAGGUGGCGUGGUUGGGGCGGCCGUGGUGCCCGCAGCGGCGGGCGGCGGCGCGCCGCACGUCCUCGCGGUGGACGACAGCUCGGUCGACCGCGCCGUCAUCGCCGGAAUCCUCCGGAGCUCCCGGUUUCGCGUGACGGCAGUGGACAGCGGGAAGAGGGCCCUUGAGCUGCUAGGCUCGGAACCCAAUGUGAGCAUGAUAAUCACGGACUACUGGAUGCCGGAGAUGACGGGAUACGAGCUCCUGAAGAAAGUCAAGGAGUCAUCCAAGCUGAAGAAGAUCCCCGUGGUGAUCAUGUCAUCGGAGAAUGUCCCGACAAGAAUCAGCAGAUGCCUGGAAGAAGGCGCGGAGGAUUUCUUGGUGAAGCCCGUCCGGCCAUCCGACGUCUCGCGGCUCUUCAGCCGCGUUCUGCCGUGAGCCCGGCUAUCUUUUUCCGAGACUUUGGGAGGUUGGAGCAGUAGGCACAGUUGUAACACUGUCUUGAUGAAAUGAUUUCACCGUUUUUGUUUGGGUCAGGACGUCUUAUUGUAACUUUGGUGGAAGCUGAGACAGAGCGAAACUGUUGAAUUGUGGAACAGAGCAUGGCCUCUUUGUUUCUUAGUAAUAUUUUUGUUGCUCUUCAUUUCUUCGAAUUAUUACUCUUUAAAGGUGCUG